AUGCUGCUGGAGGGGCUGGCACUUCUCUUGAACCCAAAUGCAGGGGGAGCAAGGAAGCAAUUAUUAAGCUGUAGACAUUGGCAGGGAGACAGGCCUCAGAUGGAUUUCAACUGCAAACCUCAUUCGCCGCCUGGGCUGCUCAUUACCCAAGGCCUAGAUCCCAGGCUGAUGUUGGAUCCGAGGGCCUGGAACAUUAGCGAAUUGCUUUCUUCGGGUUAUGUCUAUAGCCAGGCUGAGGCCUGGUGUGGGUGA